UACAUUUCUCCUUAUCCAAAAAAGUUGUUUUAGUUAAAGAUGAUAUCCUUGAAAGAUUUGUAUAAUGUGCUAGUACAAGUAGUGCCUCUCUAUGUAGCAAUGAUUGUUGCAUAUGGUUCAAUAAAAUGGUGGAAAAUAUUUUCACCAGAUCAAUGUUCAGGGAUCAAUAGAUUUGUUGCUCUUUUUGCAGUCCCACUUCUUUCUUUCCAUUUCAUCUCAAACAACAACCCUUAUACUAUGAACUACCGCUUCAUUGCAGCAGAUACUCUCCAAAAACUCGUCGUCUUAUUCGGCCUCUUCCUCUGGUCGUCUGUAGGUGGUUAUGGCCGUGGCUUUGGCGGCUCGCUCGAGUUGUCUAUAACCUUAUUUUCUCUUUCAACCCUUCCAAACACUCUUGUUAUGGGGAUCCCUUUAUUAAAAGGAAUGUAUGGAGAUUCUUCAGCAAGUUUAAUGGUGCAGAUUGUUGUGUUACAAUGCAUUAUUUGGUACACCCUAUUGUUGUGUUUAUUCGAAUUUAGGGGUGCUAGAGUACUAAUCUUAGAAAACUUUCCUAAGAAUUCUGAUUUAAUUACAUCAUUUAAGGUGGAUUCUGAUGUAGUAUCACUAGAUGGGAGAGAAGUUUUGGAGACUGAAGCUCAAGUUGGAGAAGAUGGGAAACUUCAUGUAAAAGUUCGAAAAUCAACGAGUUCAAGAUCAGAUGUUUUCUCUGAUCAAACUCCUAGACCUUCUAAUUUGACUAAUGUAGAGAUUUAUUCAGUUAAUUCUUCUAAGAGAGUGUCUAGUUUUAAUGAGUGUGAUACUUUUUACUCUUUUGUGAAUGGUAGUAGAAAAGGUGGUAGUUUUAGGGCUUCAAGUUUUAGGAAUUUGCAUGGGUUUGAUGAGGAGAAAGCUAGUGGUGCAUGUGGUGUUGGUAGGGUUCCUUCAUUUGGGUCAAGUAGGUUUAGUGGUGUCCAAGGUGGUGGUUACCCGAACCCGACAACGGCCGGGAUUUUCAUGCUGGCCGAAGAGCCUACGCCGGUUACGAUGAUGAUGAAUGAUAAGGGUGAUAAUAGUGGUGGAAAAAGUUUGCAUGCGUUUAGAGGAAGUGUUGAGUAUGAUCAUGAACAUGGAGGGAAUGCUAACCCUAAAGAUUAUGAAGAUUAUGGAAAGGACGGACUCGAUCUUGGAAACAAACCCGGUAAAAACGGGCCAGAAGUCGAAGGCCCAAUGUUGUCAAAACUAUGUUCAAUAUCAACCGCCAAGGUCCAACCCAAUAUUAGUGAUCAGCCUGAAUCCAAGCCCACAGCUAUGCCCCCAGCUACUGUAAUGACAAAGUUGAUUUUGGUCAUGGUUUCGAGGAAACUCAUAAGGAAUCCUAACACUUACUCUAGUCUUAUUGGCCUUGUUUGGUCCUUAAUCUCAUUCAGGUGGCAUGUUGAAAUGCCUGUAAUUGUGGCGAAUUCGAUCAAAAUUCUUUCUAAUACAGGGCUUGGGAUGGCUAUGUUUAGUCUUGGUUUGUUCAUGGCAUUGCAGCCAAGGAUAAUUGCUAGUGGGAAUGCAAUGGCUGCCUAUGCGGCAGCCGUAAGGUUCAUCGUAGGCCCUGCUAUCAUGGCAGCCGCUUCAGCUGCUGUUGGGUUGAGAGGGGUCCUGUUAAAAGUCGCUAUUGUACAGGCUACUCUACCACAGGGAAUUGUCCCCUUUGUCUUUGCAAAAGAAUACAAUGUUCAUCCUGAAAUUCUUAGUACAGCGGUUAUAUUCGGAAUGUUGAUAGCAUUACCAAUUACACUGGUUUAUUACAUCUUGCUGGGCCUAAUAAAAUGAGGGAACUAGCAGUCACGCAGCAAGAAAAGCUAGCAAAGAUAUGACCUAAAAAGCCAAUGGAAUACGUAGGAAUGCUUUAUUAGUACUUAGAUCUUUACCCCUUUUUUGCCUUUUGGAUGGUUUAAUAAGAUCACUCUUAGUUCUGAAUA